CAUCAAAUGAUGCGAUGGUCAAAAGACUGGGAAAUUAGCAGUUGCGGGCAAUCUGCGCGUGGAAAGGAAGCGUCUGCACCGAUUUGUGGAGAAUUUCCUCGGUGGUAAUGUUCAGAGACAACUUACACAAUACACGUGGGUGGCUUUUCUUGGUCAUUUGCUGCGGAGUCACAACCACGGUUCGUGUGCUCACAAGCUGACACUGUACCCGUAAUUUAAGGACGUUAUCAGCGAAAGGCGCACGGAGAUCUAAAGUGUACUACUUUUCCCCGGUGAACCGGGAGAACCUGAGAAUAUCGAGGGGCACGCAAACUUCAAGUAACGACUCUUCUUCCCGCCUGCCGACGAUCGGAUGAAUGUUCCGAAAACUGAAAUUUUUCUUCAUUUAUCACUACUGCACUUUCCAUGCAGAUGAAGUAAUCAAGAAAAUAAUACACGCGCCAUCUCAAGUAGUACUUCCAUCAAGGUGAGAUUUCGUUAGUUGGACAACGGGCUUGUCUUUUCCCCUGCAAACGUGAAAACGAUUUCUUGGUUUCUAUUUGGUCACUUCAAAGUGAAAACCCAGUGUUUGUAAGGUCCCCCGUUUGUAAGCAAAAUGGAGGCAAAUGACGCAAUGGGUUGGGUACCUAUGUAUUAUAACGACACGUUACCGAACGUAACCAUGACUGGUGAGGUGGAGAUGUUUGUGGAGAUGCAUCCAGUCUGGAUCGCUACCAUGUGCGUCUUCUACAUCGUGGUGGGAUUCCUGGGCGUCUUUGGUAACUGCAUCGCUCUGGUGGCCCUGGCUACGACUCCCAAGCUUCGUAACACCUGCACGGCACUCAUCGGCAAUCUGUGCGUGACGGACCUAAUUACCAGUCUCCAGCUGCUGUUCAUGAUGACUCCAACCCAACUCCUCAAAGGUUUCCCCGAGAACUUGCCGCUGUGCACGGCGGUCGUGUACCUGCCCACCACCACCUACAGCGUGUCGCUGACAACUCUCAUGUUCAUCGCCUUCAACAGGUACCUCCUGAUCACCCGUCCGCGCACCUGCUACCGGGCCUGCUGCGGUAGCAAACAGGUGGUACUCAUCAUCGCUCUGAUCUGGCUCAUCAAUUUCAUGAUUUUCAUCCUGCCAUCUAUCACCGGUACACGGGAGGUGGUUUACGACCGCGAAGUCCAGGGCUGCCACGCCGAAACCAACUGGUUGGUUGGCACAAUCAUGAUGUCCUUUUACGUCGUUGUUCCUGCGUUCGUGGUCGUACCAUUGCUGUACGGGUUGACCAUCUGCGCGGUGAAGGCCAGCCACCGGCGGGUGCACGCCCGUAGCACUGCCGGUGGUGUGGGCGAGCAGCCCUCGGCGCUCCCGCCUGGACAUGACGGGGACGUCAGCUUGGUCUCCACCGUGUCGAACUCCGUGAACAACAAUCUGGACGAUAACGCGGCGAGGCAUCCCCGCUCCAUCAGCAAGCGAGAUAUCAACCUGACCCGGCUCCCCAUCCUGAUUUUCAUUGUCUUCGCCGUGUGUUGGACGCCACAGCUCAUUAACCACAUCUGCAGUCGCUUCAUGAAAGUAUCCGUCUAUUACCGUAAGGUUGCCUCGCUCUUUAUAUGGGUCAACUGCGCCAUCAAUCCGUACCUGUACGCGUGGUCCAACCGAAACUUCAGACAAGCUUACCGGAGGAUUCUGAAGAACUUGAAGUCAAAUUGCAAGGCUAGACUCUAAAACAAAAUUAUAUGGCUAGACUCUUAACCAUUGGGUUUAUUGAUAAAAAAAGACAUGUUUGUUAUGAAAAUAGAGGGCAAAUUUAUAGUGUGAUACAGCCAAGUGUGACGCACAAGUGAACAGGAAACAGACUUCACUUUGCUAUGGGCGUCAAGAAGCCUCUUCACGACAUGAGCAGGUAAAAUGCUGUAAAUCAUUGGGGUGCUGUG